AUGAGUUAUAUCCACCCCUCAUGGAACUACCAGGGCCACCAGGGUAUCCCGAUGGACCAACACAUGGCAUAUGACCCCUCGAUGGUGCCUCCCCCGAUGAUGCACCCUAUUGACGGCUACAUGUACCCUCACCCGCCAAUGGAGAUGAUGGAUUACUACCACCAACCAAUUAUGGACUACGACGAAUACACGGAGAACCUGUCGCGGCCACGGUUGACCAAGGAACAAGUCGAGACUCUCGAGGCCCAAUUUCAGGCUCACCCCAAGCCAAGCAGCAACGUCAAGCGUCAACUGGCGGCUCAGACAAAUCUGAGCCUGCCUCGCGUUGCGAACUGGUUCCAAAAUCGUCGCGCAAAGGCCAAGCAACAGAAACGCCAGGAGGAAUUCGAAAAAAUGACAAAGGCCAAGGCCGAGGCCGAGGAGGCUGCCCGCCGGAAAUCAGAGACCUUGGACCAGUUGUCCGAGUCUCGCAAAGGAUCCAUCGCCCAGGAGGAGGACAAAUCUGCUACCCCCAAGCCAACGCCCUCAUCGGGCCAUGCCAAGACAGAUUCCACAGCCAGCCGCUCCAAGCACCACAAGACAAAGAGCGAGUCGGCGCGAGAGGCAACCUUCGCGUCCUUGCAGCGGGCGCUGAACGCCGCCUGUGCCGCCAGGGAUCGGUUUGGUCGCCGGAUCAACCCUCGGGCCAAGAACGAGCCUACCCCCGAGGAAGAGCCUGUGUCUCCAGGCUCAAUGCCACCGCCCAAGUCUGCUACCCCCCAUGACAAUGGUCUCUCCAACAUCAAUUCUUCCUUUUCGGGCUGGUCUGAUAUCAAGGAAGAACCAGUGUGGGAGUCAGGCGAGCAUAAUCAAAAUAUCGGAUACACCUCGGCAGAGCAGACCUCGUAUUCUGCUCCCCAACCGUUGGCCGAGAUGCCAGGGUCUUCCCAUGCCGUGCAACAUAAUGUGGACGCAUACUCAAGUCACCUGCCCCCUCAUACGGAAGAGUGGUCCGAAGACAGGGAUGGAUCUGAUCCCAACCUUGUCUACGGCAACAUGCAGUACCCGAUGUCCAUGCAAGCCCCAGAUAUCUCAGUAUCUCGCCGAGAGUCGUCUAAUGCGCUGACCACUUCCCUGGAGGGCAUCGGAAUCUGCACUGGUCAAUCCGGGCUGCCUGAGUCUGUCAAUCGGGUCGAGGGAGGAUGGAAGGAACCGGGCAAGGAGUUGGAUAUCGCUGCUCGACGCAAGCGCCCCCGUCCUGCUGCUAUUGGCACUUCCGGUACUCGUGGUCUCGCCAACUCGACUUCCAUGUCCGCGCUCUCGCCUAAUUCCCGCAUCCCUAGCUCCGGUGCCGGCAACUCCAUGAGACAUUCCAAGUCGACUCAGAGUCUCAACUCGCGGUACGCCGGUGUGCGCAAGGCUUCUGCUGCCCAGCGAUCCCCUCUUAACUUUACCUUUGCCGAGUCUGGGUCCCUCAAAAAGGCCGAGAAAAUGCUACGUCCCUCAGUCUCGACUACGACCCUGGCUCCCCCGACUCCCUUGACUCCGCAAGAUCUCCAGCACUUCAUGCCUGCCUCUCCGACGGACAGCAAUUACUGCAUGUCAGCUCGCUCCACCACUCAGUUCUUCCCUACCUCUCAACCCAUGCAAGUGAACAUUGCCUCCCCUCCCACCACGCCGCUGGACAUCUACUCUCCCUUCCCCUACCAAAACGUGGCUCCGCCGAUGUCGGCCCCGGCCCAUGUCUCCUCCUUUCCUGAAUAUGUCGCCUGCGGUGAGCCGGUUCCCAUGACAGCCCGCAGUUGGGCCGACACCGCUUCCAUCUCCUCGCCCGAGUUCUCGGCCGGUCUCCAAGUUCCCCAUUCAAGCACUGUCUCGCCCAUGGGCUACGACGCGACCACCGAUCACACUGGGCAGUUCGGCAUGGAGCCAGUCUCUGGCUCCCCACCCUUGAUCUACUCGAUCGACGCCGACAUGCCCACCUCGGGCGAGCUCGCCGAGAAGCGGGCCGACUUUAUGAUGCACGAAUACCCGGAGCAUGAUGGCCACUACAAUGGCCAUUUGCCGAUGCAAAAGCCCAAGGCCUACACGUUUGCAAACAACACGACGCCAAGUAACUACCCAUCCUGA